GCUAGCGGCUGCAUUUAGCGCCAUCGCCGCGGCGCUCUGCCCCACAAAUGACGUCGUUUGCGGCUCAGCCGGCAUCUUUCCACGACGUCGCCGCAGCGCUUCUCCAAGGAGCCGCGACGAGGCUAUAAAGUUAGCUUCACUGCUGCGACAAGCCGGAGUCGUCAUGGCGGCUGUGACUCCGCCCCCCGCGCUCCCAUUGGCUGACGGCGAUGACGCUGGAGUGGCACAAACAAGUGCGCCUACCGCCACCUCGGACAUGUGCCAUCGUCCUUGUCCACGCUGUCCUUGUUCCACCCUCCUGCCCCGCCUGCUCGCCGCUCACAGGAUGGAGAUGCGUCGCCUCCUACGAGGAGCACUGAUGUCUUUGGGUCGGCGGUUGGACGCCCUGGAAAGGAGGAGUGGAAGGAGGCCGAGGAAGAGGAGCAGGCCGACAGAAAAAGAAGGAGAAGGAGGAGGAGGAGCAAUUAAAUGUCCUCCAAAUGGCUCAGAUAACACAUCUUUGAACACCUACCGCGGCUUGUCUGCUUCCUUGUGUAGCCCCGCCCCUCUUACUUCAUCGCCACUUGACCCGGUUCUCUGCUGGAAGAGCAGCCAAUCAGGAGAGGAGGAGGAGGAAGAGGGGGGGAGGGCCAGAAAGCGAAGGAAGAAGAGCCACAGAAGAAGAGCGGUGGAGGAGAGAGAAGAGGAUGCUGGGAGGUUUGUGGGCCGCAUGGUGCUCUGCCGGCCAGGGGGCGGAGCCAAGGAGGACGUGCCGCUCACGCUUGUCAACUUUAAUCACGGCCAAUCAGCAAAGGCUAUUAAAGAUGUCGCCAGGCAGAAUGGUUACAGCGACACAAUUUCCCACAAUGCUUUUCACUUCCUGGACUUGUCCGGCGCCUCCGGCCAAUGGCGCUUCUCCGACUUCACCCCCGCCCCUCCCAAUCACAGAACGCCGCGCCCGCCGUCUUCGCUGGCCUCCGCCUCCUUUAGCCCCGCCCCCCUGCUGCGUCUCUCCGUGGUGGUCGUGGCGGCGGCGGCGGCGGCGGGGGUCUUUGUGAUGGGCGGCACUUGCUGGAAUCCCUGGCGAUGUCUGAGGGACUGGACGGCGCCGCCCAGUCUCGGCGCCGAUCACUGCUACGGGCGAACUUCGGCAGAUCUCAGUAGCAAGCACACCAAGCGGCGAGUUAAUCGCGGCGCCUGGAGCCGCCGCCGUUUGACCCCGCCUUCAUCAGCUCUGCUCCCGGCCGACCAAUCAGCAUCCAGCGCUAGGGAGCAGAGACAAAAACGAGUGUCCCAGAUUCCGAUCCGCCGGGCGCCGCCGCGCGAGACGCAUCUCACGCCGAUGGGACUGCCCAAGGUCCAGAGAGUGAAGAAGAAAGACUUCAGCGUGGAGGAGAUCUACACCAACAAGAACUACAAAUCUCCCAGCAACAACAGGAGCCUGGAGACCAUCUUUGAGGAGCCUCGGGAGAAAGACGGGGCCCUGCUUCUGAUUGGCCAGCAGAGGCGGCGCAGGCUCCUCCUCUUUCCUGACUUCACUCAACCCAGGAAGAGGAAGCGGCCCCAAGGGGCGGGGCUUCCAGCCGCCUUUACGCCAAGGAAGCGUACCGGCGCUCGGCGGCAGUACGGCGGAGUCGCAGGCGCCGACGAGUCGGACGUGGACGUGAUGCUGGUCGAGCGGCUGAGCGCGCUGGAAGACUUCCUGACUCGUCAAGGACUGGACAUGUGAUGUCACUUCCUGUGCCGACCUUUGGCGUGGAUUGACGUUGCGGGAGGCGGGCGUGGCGUUUUUAACUUGUUCAAAUGGGCUAUUUUUGGAACGAAUUAAGUUUUUAAAGUGUUGGAACUUCUGGAGGGAUGAUGGUGUGGACCACGAGGGACAUGGGGGGGGGGGGGGGGGGGUGU